UAAGAUGAAAGUUUCGGAUCUUGACACGUAAAGUUUAAAAGCAUGAACAUCUGACGUUACGAGUUGGUGUACAUGUAUUUGAACAGCUUCUUUCAAAGCAGACCACAGAGGAUAUCUGGAAGCACCUAAGACCGAGCAGCCUAACGCUAGAGAGUAUGAAGCUCAAAAGAUGGGCUGAUUUUCAGGAACAAAUACCCAACUUCUCUUUUUCAAUUGUGCUUUGAACAUACUGGCACAUUCGUAAUGAAUCCUCAGCAUUUGCGUGCCUUGAGGGACCACCGUAGGCAAUUGGUACAUGGAACAAAUUCAGAGCACAUUCCCACAAUACUAGACUAUCUUGUACAAGACAACAUAAUCACCGAGCAAGAUGAACAGCAAGUACAAGAAAAGGAUGGACCAAAUCAAGUCCGCAAACUGCUGGCCAUAUUGCCAUCUAAAGGUGACAGGGCAUUCCAGUCAUUCUGUCAGGCACUGGAGGAGACUGGGCACGGUGGUUUGGUCAGGAAACUUACUAAAGACUUGAACUCAAAGAAAGGAGAAAAUCCCACAUUCACUGCAGGACAUGUACAUGAAGCCCAGCCAUUGUUAGGACCAUGUGACCAGGACACAGAUGAUUUGCAGACAGUCAGCAUAGCAGCAAAAAUGCAAGGCAUGAUCUCUAUCCUUCUGGUGAAUGACGGGUAUGGAACAAGCCAAGGGGGUGUUUCCACCAUCAACCGCCAGCUUGCACAGUUCCUGGCAUCACAACAUCUGAAUGUCUACUGUAUUGUACUAACAGCAAGUGACAAGGAUAAGGAAGAUGCUGAGAGAGAUCAUGUCACAUUACUCUUCCCAGAACGUUUUAAUGAUGACAAUCGAGAACCAUCCUUGCCAUGGUUGUUUGACCAUGCCUCCAGAUUCCCUCAUCUCCCAUCAGAUAUUAGCUGUGUUAUAGGCCAUAGAGAUGUUACGAGUGAUGCAGCAUUACUCAUCAAGGAAGAACGGUAUCCACAAGCAAAGCUCUUCCUUUUUAAUCAUGACAUGCCAGAGGACACAGAUCACUAUAAAGAUGAAGGCAAGGUUUUGGAAAUCCAAGGAAAGAAAGAGGCAGCUCGCAAAGAUGCAGAGAAAGCUGAUGCAUUGUUUUCUGUAGGACCCUAUAUGCAUGACUACUACUGUAACAUGUACAGGGCUCUACAAGACCCUUUAAAGUCUCACAUCAAAUUUGUGCCCAAACCAUCAGAUGUAUUCAUUGAGACAAAUCCCAUAUACAUUGAAACUCAGACAAAAGUUGUAUUGUCCAUUGGGAAAGUAAGUGGUGUGGAGAGACUGAAGGGUUAUGACUUAGCAGCGAUGGCAUUGAACAUGGUUGCUGAAAUAUUUCCACAUAUGAAAUGGCAACAAAGAGGCAUUUCCAGAGAUGCCUUUUAUGAAAGCAAAAAAAUCAUCAACUCUAGAAUAGAUGUAGGAACAUUUUGUUUCACUCCUUUAGAGUAUGGAACCCAAGAGCAGAUUUGUGAGGAUAUAAAGCAGGCUCACCUUGUUUUGGUGCCAUCCCGAACAGAACCAUUUGGCCUCAUUGGUUUGGAGGCAAUAGCUGCAGGAAUACCUGUUCUUGUAUCUGAUAGGUCUGGCCUAGCAUUGUUCCUGCGGACACUUGGUCCAGAGUUUGACCACUGUAUAUUCCGCAUCCAAGGGAAUGAUACAGAAGAUUCCAAAAACCUUGCCAAGAGGAUAACAGAGAUGCUUCAAAAUGGCAGGAAAGAAUUUGAGUUCUCUAGGCAAUUGAAAGACAAGCUCUUGGCGUCCAAGUACUGGGAAGAAAGCCAGAGGGCACUUUGCCAAGAAUGUGGUGUACACAUGGAAGCAGAUAUAACAGGAACGUCUUGUCAACAGAAGACAGGCACUACAUUCAGUGUGUCCCACCCUAAAGGAGACACCUCUAAUGGUCAUUCAACACCAUCCAGCCUUGAGCAGAAUCCCACACAUUCACAUCCAGGACCCAGCAGGCCACUUCUCAAGGCAUCCAGUGACCAGAUUUCAGUGCAUACUAGACAAACCCGCAACAACCGAUCAAAUAUCUCUCCUGCAAGUCCAUCAGAGCUGCUUAAUAUGAACAUAGAUGCAGCCAUUGAAUGUGUGGUGGCCAGCAUCAUCAGUGAUGAGUGGAGAACCCUCCUGCAUUACCUGGGUCUGUCUGAGCAGGAGCUGGAGACUCUACAGAAUAAGGAGACACCAGAAGUCGCCUGCGAGGCUGGGAUGAAACUGUGGAGGGAGACCUGUGGUCAGGAGGUCACCAUAGAGAGAUUGGUCAAGGCUGUCAAGGACACUAAGAUUAAGCUACGGAAUGGUGCAGAUGUGAAGGUUAAACUGUCCAUCAAAGAAAAGUGGAGUGACUGGCUCAACAAGAAGGCUGACAUCAUCUUCACAGAGGAAGUGCUAAAUGAUCCUCAAAGGUUUGACAUGGCCAUGCACAGGUUUGACAAGCUAAAAGGUUCCAUCAAGGAUUUAUGGGAGGGUAGUGUGUGGUGCCUCCUCACGUUCUACCGAUGGAAAAGUGUGCAGGAGUUUGUGGAUGGCUGCAGGGACGGAGCCUUGACAGAACUCCUUACACAUGAGUACGUGGAUGAGCAGAUGACAGCAGCCUGUGGAGGGACAGAGCUGUAUGUCUGUGUGGAGAUAAACCAGACAGAUGUGCACAAUGCCUGGAACUUCUUCCAUGAAGAUUGUCACUCCCCAGAUGAAGAUCACCCCCCUUCUGAUGACUGGCACACAGAGACUUUAUCAUCACCGCACUCAUCAUCCCUCGAAGGAGAGCCAAUGGACAUAGACACACACAUCAGUGUCAAAGAGGAACCCAUGGACUUGGAGUCAGAUAUUGACACAGCCUUUGAAGUAGUGUCCAAGGACUUGUGGUCUGACUGGGAGCGGCUGGCCCAUGCCAUGGGCUUCACACAGUCUGAUGUGGACAGCAUCAAGUCAGCGUCACCUGACCAGCCGUAUGAGCAGUGCUGGAAGCUGCUGUACAGGUGGAGGGACAGGGAAGGACAGAAGGCAACUCUUCAAGUACUCAUACAGCAGCUUAGGGUGGCAGGAUUCCAUGGGACAGCAGAAAAGCUAGGUAUUGGAGACAUGUCUGACCAAGAUGAACAUGGAGCAAGCAAGAAGGCCUCAGAUGACAGUGAAGCAUCUUCAGACAGUGACAGUGAUUCUGAUGGAGAUGAUGAUUCUAUGAAGGGUGCGGCACUCCCUUCAAAGCUGUUGAAGAUGAAGCCAUUGAAGAUGGGGAAGCGUAGAGUCCCUAACCCUCAGCGGCCUGCAGGAAAGGGAGUGAAGAAAAAGAAGAUGACUGAGGAAGAUGAUGAUGUGGAGAUGGUAGAAGAAACAGGGGUAUCAAGAAGUGACAACACAGAACAGGCUGAGGUGGCCACUGAUGACCUGAGCUUCAAGCUGACCCCAGAUGACAUCAAACGUUGGCAGGAAGCCAUGAAGACCCAUGUUGUACCUGAUAGGAUAGCUUCACUGGAGGAGCAGUUCCGCUUCAACAUGCUGGUGAUGCACCUCAUCAAAGAUGAGUUCUACCAUGAACAUUUGUGUCAUUAUUGGAAUGAUAAGGGUGCUCUACCAUUUAGGCUAACACAGUUUGUGUCUCAUGUUGUCACAAAGCUUGGUCAUGAAUACUGUGUCAAAGACAAUCUUGAUGUAGAAGCAUACCACAGCAUAGAGCAAGAUAUACAGUAUCAGUUUGGGAAAUUGCUCUUCAAACAACAUGCUGGAGGGGUGUGUAAGUUGUUAUCACUUGAGAGUCUGCAGUCUUGUUUCACUGAUGAUCAGUUAAAGUAUGUGCAGGCCUGGCUAGAGCCAACCUCUGAUGACACAGGGUCCUCUUCUGUUGCUCCAUACUACAGAUUUAAACAUGAGUGCAUACGGCAAUACAUGAUGGCUAUGUGGGUAGCAGGGACAAUUCACGAAGCUGGUGAGACUAUCAGAGCUAAUGAAUUUCUGAGGCAGUGUUUUGAUCUUUCCUCAAAGCUGGACCUCAUGGCAUACUUUGUUGCAGGUCUUAUGGCACAGAAAGUGCAGGUAGAUUUGUUCUCGUAUCAGCUGUCUAGAAUCUUAUUUUCCAUGGAUACAACAGAUUUCUGUGUCAGCCAAAAAGUUGCCAUAUGUAUUGCAGAGACAGGGCAGGUUGAUAGAUUUGAAAGUCACACAUCACAGAUUUUUCCAGGUAAUGUAAUUGAUCUAACAUUAUGGCCAAGUAUGAGUUACUUAGGAAAGCUGGCACUGGCACAUCUGAAGGAAACUUUUCCUUUGACAUGUAAAAUUUCCAAUGAUGCUGAGAUGCACAAGCUCCUGUUUAAGUCCAAAAAGAACAAAGCAGAGGCACAGUCAUUGUUGUCCCUUGUAAAGUCCAGACACAGAUCCGUUUCCCUGUACCCACAUUACAAAUCAUUGAUAGAUAGCAGCUCAGCUCUAGUUUCCCAAACACCAUGCCACAUGGAUAAGCUUUACCUCAACAAUCUUGCACUCAAUGAUUGUUCUGACCUUAAGAGCAUCCUUUCACUGCUACAGUUUGUACCUGCAUUGAAGCAUUUAAGUCUUCAAAAGACCACUUUAUCUCCCUCUGGCAUAUCAACAAUAUGUGACUUCUUAUCUUUCAUACCAAGUAUAGAACAUCUGGUUCUGUCUAAAUGUAGAAUUUCCAAUGAUUCUAUAGCUACUCUUGGUGAACAUUUCCACUGCCUCCAGAAGUUAAAACAUCUGAACCUGUCACAAACAGGUAUAACUAGUGAGGGAGCAAACAUUGUUUCACAUUGCCUAUCAAGCCUGACAGAGCUAGAAGUUGUAGAUCUAACGAAGAACAAGGUUGGAAAGGAUGAACUGACAAAUUUGUGCGAGUCCAUUACUGGUGUGGACAAAAUACCAAAAUUGAUUCUUGGUUCGCAAACAUCUUCCUACAAAAUCCUCCUGGGUAUUAACAGCAGUAGGGGGAGCAGGCUCAUUGUCAAGACUGGUGACACUGAUGUGGUUACACUAGUAAGCCAGCUUUCCUCUCACGUCUACAAAGUGGAACUCAGCUGUCAGGGCAAGGUGUUGUAUUCAGUACAGAUAGAGGAAGGGGAGAAUCCACACAGGAUGACAUUAGAUCUGACAUGUGCUGGUGACAUUACUAAGAACAUCCGGGCUCUUGCUGCAGUCCUGCCUGUAGGACAUCGUGUGCAGCAGGCAGAUGUGGAGGAGCUAAAGCUGGGAGGGUCUGACAUUGGGAAUGAGGAGGUGAGACUACUGGCUGAGAUGCUCUGUUACUUACCAAGGCUCAAACAUCUAGACUUGUCUGAUAACAUCAUCACACCCUUAGGAGCCAGGACUGUGGCUUCUCACAUGCCCCAUCUACAGCAGCUGGAGUGGUUAGAUUUGAGUGAUAUUUACAUUGGUGAGGAUGGUGCCACAGCCAUGAAUGAAAUGUUACCCCAACUUGAAAAGCUAAAAUGUUUAAACUUAACUACAUAUGGCGUGUCUGUUGACAUGAGAAAAUCUCUGUUUCUCACACUCUCUAAGAUGGAACACCUUUCAGAGGUCAAUCUCAGAUCUAAGAUGUUUUGUAAAUAUGUGUAUCUGUUAGGCGUCAACAAUAACCAGGGACAUAAACUCACCAUCAAGACCGAUUCUGAAUCAGAUGUCUCAGUAGUUGAUCAGGUGCUCUCACAGGUGUACAGAGUGGAACUCAGCUGUCAGGGCAAGGUGCUGUAUUCAGUACAGACAGAGGAAGGGGAGAAUCCACACAGGAUGACAUUAGAUCUGACAUGUGCUGGUGACAUUACUGAGAACAUCUGGGCUCUUGCUGCAGUCCUGCCUGUAGGACACCGUGUGCAGCAGGCAGAUGUGGAGGAACUCAGGCUGGGAGGGUCUGAUAUUGGAGAUGAGGAGGUGAGACUACUGGCUGAGAUGUUCUGUUACUUACCAAGGCUCAAACAUCUAGAUUUGUCUUUUUGUGGGAUCACAUCCACAGUUGCAACGGUUGUGGCUUCUCACAUGUCUCACCUACAGCAGCUGGAGUGGUUAGAUUUGAGUGGUAUUUACAUCGGUGAUGAGGGUACCACAGCUAUGAAUGAAAUGUUACCCCAACUUGAAAAGCUGAAAUGUCUAAACUUAACUACAUUUGAUGUGUCUGUUGACAUGAGAAAAUCUCUGCUUCUCACACUGUCUAAGAUGGAACACCUUUCAGAGGUCAAUCUCAGCUCUAAGAUAUUUUGUUCAUAUAUGUAUCUGUUAGGCGUUUACAAUAACCAGGGACAUAAACUCACCAUCAGGAUGGGUGAUUCUGAAUCAGAUGUGGUUUCAUUAGUUGAUGAGGUGUUCUCUCAGGUGUACAGAGUGCAGCUAAGCCACCAGGGCAACAUGCUGUAUUCAGUACACAGAGGAGAAUCCACACAGGAUGACAUUAGAUCUGACAUGUGCUGGUGAGAUUACUCAGAACAUCCGGGCUCUAGCUGUAGUCCUGCCUGUAGGACACCGUGUGCAGCAGGCAGAUGUGGAGGAACUCAGGCUGGGAGGGUCUCGCAUUGGGGAUGAGGA